AUGCCACCUUUAUUCAAGGCGGUAGUUGCUAGUACUGUAACUAUUGGUGGAUUAUACGUUGUUAGUCAUGUGGAGACAAUGCCCCACAAUGGCCGUCAUCGUCUUAUGUUUCUUUCUCCAGAAUAUGAAAAGAAAUUAGGAGAUCGAGCGUAUCGUAAAAUUCUACGUAGUUCUCGACUACUACCACCGUUGCAUCCAAUGUCACAAGCAGUGGCACGUGUUGGUCGCAAGAUUCAAGAGGAGACGGAUGUUCCAUUUAUUCAAUGGACAUUUCACGUUAUUGAAGCAAAUGAACCGAAUGCUUUUUGUCUUCCUGGAGGCAAAGUAUUUGUUCAUUCUGGACUUUUUAAAGUGUUACGCAAUGAAGACGCUCUGGCGGCAGUUAUGUUUCAUGAAGCUGCACACGGUCUCGCCCGACACGGUGCUGAAAAGAUUUCGUUUAGUUUGCUGGUGUACGGGCUUUUGGCGCUCAUUUUUCCAGACUACGGCCAAAUCAGCGAUCUGAUCGUAAAGCUCGCGGUGGAUCUACCGUUCUCGCGCAAGUUAGAAUUGGAAGCCGACUCAAUCGGUCUGCGACUAAUGGCCCAAGCGUGCUAUGAUCCUCGUGCUAGUAUUCAGAUGAACACGUCAUUGGGUCAGCUGGACAAGGGCUCACAGUUUAAAUAUUUUUCGACGCACCCGCCCAGUGCUGAACGAGUGCAGGCACUACGAGAUCAACUGCGCGAUGCGCUUGAAAUCUACGAGGCAUCUGACUGUGGGUCACGGAAAAAAGCUUUUGCAAAACCUAUGAAACCAUCGUUUUCGCCUCGGGGCAACGCUACGAUGGACUGGUAA